AUAACCACAUCGCACCACCAUGCCGCUGUACGAGCUCUUCUGCAUCGCAAGCCACAACCCGGUGUCGCCGGCCAACGUCCGCCAGCUGAUCCAAGGCAUCGCGACAACAGUCCACUCAUCCGGCGGCGUCGUGCGCAACCUCCAGGCGCUGGGCGCGGGGCUCACCCUGCCUGUUCGGAUGAGGCGGCACCAGCAGUACCAUGAUCGGGGGGACCACUUCACGAUAACCUUUGACGCGUCGCCGCUCGUCGUCAACCGCCUCAACGACUCGCUCCGCCGCGACCCGCUCGUCGUGCGCUGGAUGCUCACGCGCAAGGGCGACAAGAUCUCGACCCUCUUCCCCUCUGCCGUCUCCACCAUCCUCACUGAGCAGAAGUAGACCCCCCUAGCAUACUGUACCAUGUCAUGAGAUCAUUACUACAUCCGCAC